GCUAUUAGUGCAUCGUAGUCGUUGGUGGUCUUUGGUUCUGCUGUUGUUGUUUCGUUGGCUAUUGCUAGUGGCGUUUUAUGGCCAACAAAGGUGCAGAAAAAAGGAAGGCUUCCGCCAAAGCUAAAAACACCGAACCAGCAAAAUCAGCCAGAUCAACAUCGAACCGCCGCAAUACUAAUAAGCCAGAGAUGCAACAACAGCAGUUACAACAGCAGUUACAACAGCCGCCACCGUUGCAACAACCACCGCCAAUGCAACAGCAGACGCAACAACUACAGCUACAACAGCCGCCACCCUUGCAGCAACCACCGCUAAUGCAACAGCAGACGCAACCACUGCAGCUACAACAACCGCCACCCUUGCCACAACCACCGCCUUCACAAUUAUUGCCAAUGCAACAACAGCAACUGUCGAUGCAACAACAGGAACUAAAAAUGCAACAGCCGCCGAUGCAACAACAUCUGAUGAUGCAACAGGAGCCGGCAAUGCAGCCUUUACAACUGCCGAUGCAACAACAACUGCCAUUGCAACAAGAACAGAAAUUGCAACAACCGCAAUCACAACGGUUGCCGAUGCAACAGCAAAUGAAAUUGCAACAACUGCCAAUGCAACCAUUGCAAUCACUACUGCCCAUGCAGCAGCAGCCGCCGAUGCAACCAUUGCAAUCGCAACUGCCAAUGCAACAGCAGCCGCCGAUGCAACCAUUGCAAUCGCAACUACAAAUACAACAGCAGCUCCCGAUGCAACAACAGCUGUCAACGCAACAGCAAUUGCCGAUACAACAACUACAAAACAAUUUCCAACAACCCAGUUUUCAGCAACCUAGUUUCGCACAACUGCCUGCUCAAUCUUCUUACUAUCCGGCACCCCAGGGUACCUCGCAUCAAGAAAUCAAGGAUUGGGCUGUUGAGCUUCGAAAAUUAAAGCAAGAAGUCGAUAGGGAGAGGUGGAAGCAUGAACAGAGGUUGAACAGCAUAGAAGUCUACAUCAGGAAGCAGAAAUUGAACGAGAGAAACAAGGAGAGGGAGAGACAAGGCUUAGAUUGGGAAAAAGAAGACUGGGCAGAAGACAGAAGAGAUAGGGGCGAUAGGCGGCAUUAUCGGCGAUUUUAA